UGAACAGCGUCAGUAGAGAGUAGAGUGGAGUGAAGGGGACCGCAGUGAGUAAAACAGGGUGGCAGGAGGACAGACACCCAGCCCGACAGCGAGAGGACAAGUCGGGCAUGUACCGUCAGAUCACAGGGACAAUCACAGAAAGCCAAACCGACCUCUUGUUGUUUUUAUGUGGAUACCUGUUUCCUCGUUUCCCAAACGCGCUCCGGACUGGUUCCAUCACACGGCGCUUCAUUGGAAUGCGCGCAGCAGCUUCUUCGGACACUCGGAAGCGGGACAACGGAGAACAGACAGAAAAAGAGACUCUGCGGUGUUCAAAACUCAAACAGAAACGCUUUUUUUUAAUGGGACAGCCUUUUCCGGACGUUUUAUAAGUUUCUGGAGAUUUUUACGCAUUUUUGGAGACUUUGCCUGCCUGAGGAAAUGGGUGAUGGGACCGGAUAUUUUGCCUAAUAACAGAGGAUACCGCAGUCUAUAAAAUCCUCUACCAAAGUGCACUUGUUUUCCUGCGAUGAUUGCGCUUGUGAUUGUCCUGUGCAUUGCGCAUGGAGUGCUCUCUCAGAUCCGUUACUCUGUGCCGGAGGAGGCGGACCAUGGCACCUUGGUGGGGAAUAUUGCCGAGGACCUGGGGCUGGACCUCACCAAACUGGCCUCCCGCCGUUUCCAGGUGGUGCCCAGCUCUCGCACGCCGUAUCUGGAAGUGAACCUGGAGAACGGUGUCCUGUUCGUGAGCGAAAAAAUCGACCGGGAGCAGAUCUGUAGGCAGAGUCCUAGCUGCCAGCUCAACAUGGAAGUGUUCUUGGAAAACCCGCUGGAGCUGUUUCGGGUGGAGAUCGAGGUGGUGGACAUUAACGACAAUCCGCCCAGCUUCCCGGAGACGGACAUCACGGUGGAGAUCUCAGAGAGUGCCACUCCGGGCACCCGUUUCCCCCUGGAGAGCGCGUUCGACCCGGACGUGGGCUCGAACGCGCUGCGCACUUACGAUAUCACCACCAACAACUACUUUUACCUGGAUGUGCAGACCCAAACGGACGGAAACAAGUUCGCCGAGCUCGUCCUGGAGAAGCCACUGGACCGGGAGCAGCAGGCGGCGCACAGGUACGUGCUGACCGCGGUGGACGGCGGUCAGCCUCCCCGGACCGGCACCGCGCUGCUGGUGGUCAAAGUGCUGGACUCCAAUGAUAACGUGCCGGUGUUUGACCAGGCCGUCUACACGGUGAGCCUCUCGGAGAACGCGCCGGUGGGCAUGCUGGUCCUACAGCUGAACGCCACCGACCUGGACGAGGGACUGAACGGGGAGAUCGUUUACUCCUUCAGUAACCACAUAUCCAAUCGCGUAAAGGAUCUGUUCAGUAUUGACCCGCGCACCGGCCGCAUCGAGGUGCGCGCAGAGGUGGACUUCGAGGAGAGCAGCCUCUAUCAGAUCUUCGUACAGGCCAAGGAUAUGGGGCCGAACGCAGUGGCCGCUCACUGCAAAGUGCUGGUCAAAGUCACCGACCUGAAUGACAACGCGCCGGAGAUCACCUUCAGCACCGUCACCGAGUCGGUGAGCGAAAAGGCGGCCCCCGGCACCGUCAUUGCUCUGCUGAGCGUCACGGACCAGGACGCGGAGGAGAACGGACAGAUCCACGUGGAGAUCCUCGGCGAUGUUCCGUUCAAAUUAAAAUCGUCCUUUAGGAAUUAUUUUACCAUAGUGACCGACGGCCCGCUGAACCGGGAGCAGGCGGACUCCUACUCCGUCACCGUAGUCGCGCGGGACAAAGGGACGCCCUCUCUCGCCGCCAGUAAGUCCAUCCGAGUCCAGGUGUCAGAUGAGAACGACAACGCGCCCACGUUUACGCAGGCCAUCUACGAUGUGUAUGUGACCGAGAACAACGUGCCGGGCGCAUACAUCCACGCCGUGACGGCUCUGGACCCGGACAUCGGGCAGAACGCGCUCAUCAGCUACUCCAUAUUAGAGUGUGACAUCCAGGGCAUGUCGCUCAAAACCUACGUGUCCAUCAACGAGGAGACAGGCUACUUGUACGCGCUCAGGUCCUUUGAUUAUGAGCAGCUGAAGGAUUUCACUUUCAUGGUCCAGGCCAAGGACGCGGGCGCACCGGAGCUCUUCUCCAACGCCACUGUCAAAGUCAUAAUAGUGGACCAGAACGACAACACGCCCGUGGUUCUGGCGCCGCUGGGGAAGAACGGCACCGCCAAAGAGCCCCUGCCCCGCACCGCCGAGCCGGGCUACCUGGUGACCCGCAUCGUGGCCAUGGAUGCGGACGACGGCGAGAACGCACGGCUGUCCUACAGCAUCCAGAGGGGGAACGAGAACGGCAUGUUCCGGAUGGACUGGAGGACCGGCGAGCUCCGCACAGCGAGGCGGGUGUCUGUCAAGCGCGACCCACACCAGCUGUACGACCUGCUGAUCGAGGUGAGGGACCACGGCCAGCCGCCGCUGUCCUCUAGCGCCAGCGUGCUGGUGGUGCUGGUGGACAGCGUGGCCGUGGGGCGCGGCGCCGGGGACCGGGCCGGCACCGCCAAGGCAAAAGACGGGACUCUGGACCUCACGCUGAUCCUCAUCAUCGCCCUGGGCUCCGUCUCCUUCAUUUUCCUGCUGGUCAUGAUCGUGCUGGCCGUGCGCUGCCAGAAGGACAAAAAGCUCAACCUUUACACCUGCCUGACCAGCGAGUGCUGCCUGGGCUGCAGCUCGUGCUGCUCGCGGCAGGGCCGGGCGCGCAAGAAAAAGCUCAGCAAGUCGGAUAUCAUGCUGGUGCAGAGCGCCGGCAGCGUCAGCGGGGUCGGGAUGGCUCAGGUCCCCGUGGAGGAGUCGGGGAGCUUCGGCUCCCACCACCAAAACCAGAACUAUUGCUACCAGGUAUGUCUGACUCCGGAGUCUGCCAAAACCGACCUCAUGUUCCUAAAGCCGUGUAGUCCGUCUCGGAGCGCAGACACCGAUCACAACCCGUACGGGGCCAUAGUGACAGGGUACACAGACCAGCAGCCCGACAUCAUAUCAAACGGCAGCAUUUUGUCGAACGAGACCAAACACCAGCGAGCUGAACUCAGCUACCUGGUAGACAGGCCGAGACGGGUCAACAGCUCAGCGUUCCAGGAGGCGGACAUGGUGAGCUCCAAAGACAGCGGCCACGGGGACAGCGAGCAGGGAGACAGUGACCACGACGCCAACCGAGGCCACGCCUCCGGCGCCGACCUCUUCUCUAACUGCACGGAGGAGUGCAAGGCCCUGGGCCACUCCGACCGCUGCUGGAUGCCCAGCUUCGUGGCGUCCGACGGGCGCCAGGGCCCGGACUACCGCAGCAACCUCCACGUGCCCGGCAUGGACUCUGUCCCGGACACAGAGCGAGGAAAAGGGUUUGCUAGCUCCUUCCGCGUGGACAUACCAGAGACGGCGUGACUUUGCACAACCAUCCCCCCAAUCACCAAGGCCAUAUAUAUAUAUAUAUAAAUAUAUAUAUAUAUAUAAAAAGAGCAUCAAGAUUUUCAACCCAUUCUAGAACACGCACACCUCGCUACACAGGACGGGGAACCAACCCCCUCUCUGGAAUUCUCCCGGAGCUUCGCUGGGCUUUGGAGCGCCCCCACUCUCGGGAUUAGGAGACAGUCCGACAAACAUGUGUGUCUGUGUGUGUGUGCGUGUGUGUGUGUGGGGCUGAUGGAUGGGGACAGGCAGGUAGACGGAUAAGCCUUACCGGGAGGACCCCCCAUUGUCUCAGCCGGACUGAGAGACUGACGAAGACGUCAGCCCACUGAGCUCUCCCACCCUUUUCCCAUCUGCGAGUGCCUGUUUACAGUACUGAUGUAUAAUAAAAAACAAAUAGAGACUAUGUAUGUGUACUAAGAGACUAUUCGAAACCAGAGCCACCCAGAAACCACAACAAGAACCCGCCACUGAGCCCUUUAGGCGUUUGUGCUCGCAGAGAGACGCCAGAAUUGUACAGGUGAUUCUUUGUGCAUUUCAAAAUGCAAUACCACUGUUUUAGAUUUUUCUAUUCUGUUUGUGCAGUCAGGUGUCUCUAUUUUGGUUCAAUUUGAAGUUUGUAAGAAGAAUUGUGGGCGGGACAGGUGUUGUCUGAUGAAUUCUUUUCACGUUUGGGUUCCUUCUGCUUUGUGAUCACACCGUGGGCUCGGACCGUGUUCUGUUCCGGCACCUUUCUGAUUCUGAGACGUCCAGUAGUUUUCUAUCAUGUGUGAGAAGUGUUUACUGUACUCUUUUAAAGUUUCAAGCUGAAUAUAAAACUCUCUAUAUAUAAAUCUAUCUAUAUCUACUUGUUCUGAAGGCGUGCUUUCUGUUUGACGGGCUCCACAUUGUGAUUCAGAGGACUGAAGGAGGCUUUUUGUUUGUUUCCAAGCGAGAGACACAAAGAGAGACAGAACCGCCUUAGCAGAUGUUAAACUCAAGUUCUCAUUGUUAGACAUUAUUUCAUGAUUCUUUUUUUUCACUUUUGGAUAUUGAUGAAGACCAUGUCUAUCAAUAUAAAACGGAAGUAAUAAUUUAGAUUGAAAUCCAUGGUAACUCUGUGUCAUUGUAACCAACUUUAAAGGUCCAUUUAUAAGAAACAGAAGUGAACAUGGCUCAAUGCAAACAGUGUUGUACACAGUGGAGUGGAAUGGAGGAUGCACACAUGUCUUUCUCACACAUUAAGAACACAAACACACCAAUAUACCAACAAUAAACUGAAAAAAAGUGGUAAAAGAG